AUGGCUCUCAGUCUCACGCAUCAAGUUCAAGCUCCCUCCUCCUCCUCUUUCCCCACCCCUCGCCGCCCUCUACCCGCCCCUCGGACCCUCCCUUUCCGCCGCCUCGCCGUGCGCGCCUCUGUCACCGCGGCCCCUGCGGCGGCGCCCACGGGGAGGGAGUGCAGGACGGUGGAGGUGGAUCUGCUGACCGACCAGCUUUUCCGAUCGGCGGUGCCCAGCGGCGCGUCGACGGGGAUUUACGAGGCUUUGGAGCUCAGGGAUGGGGACAAGAGUGUUUACGGCGGGAAGGGCGUUCUUAACGCCGUUAGGAACAUCAACGAGGUGUUGGCCCCGAAACUCGUUGGCGUUGACGUUAGGAAUCAAGCUGAUGUGGAUGCUAUUAUGCUAGAAAUUGAUGGAACUCCUAACAAAUCAAAACUAGGGGCUAAUGCAAUAUUGGGAGUUUCACUGAGUGUGUGUAGAGCUGGUGCAGGAGCAAAGGGAGUGCCCUUGUACAAGCACAUUCAAGAGAUUUCAGGAACAAAGGAACUAGUUAUGCCCGUUCCAGCUUUUAAUGUUAUAAAUGGGGGCAGUCAUGCUGGGAAUAAUCUUGCUAUGCAAGAAUUUAUGAUACUACCUGUGGGAGCAACAUCAUUUGCUGAGGCACUCCGCAUGGGCAGUGAAGUUUACCAUGUAUUAAAGGGCAUAAUCAAGGCAAAAUAUGGACAAGAUGCAUGUAAUGUUGGAGAUGAAGGAGGAUUUGCUCCCAGUGUCCAGGAUAACAGGGAGGGGCUGGUUUUACUCAUCGAUGCCAUUGAGAAGGCUGGUUAUACUGGCAAGAUUAAAAUAGGUAUGGAUGUUGCAGCUUCAGAGUUUUACACUAAGGAUGGGACGUAUGAUUUAAACUUCAAGAAACAGCCAAAUGAUGGAACUCAUGUUCACUCUGCUCAGAGUCUUGGUCAACUUUAUGUAGAUUUUGUAAAAGAAUUCCCCAUUGUGUCAAUUGAGGAUCCAUUUGAUCAAGAUGAUUGGGGUUCAUGGGCUUCACUGCUCUCUUCAGUUGAUAUUCAACUUGUAGGAGAUGAUUUGUUAGUUACAAAUCCAAAGAGAAUAGCUGAGGCCAUCCAAAAGAAGGCUUGCAAUGGUUUGCUUCUAAAGGUUAACCAGAUUGGUACAGUGACGGAAUCUAUUCAGGCUGCACUUGACUCAAAGGCUGCAGGUUGGGGUGUCAUGGUUAGUCAUCGGAGUGGUGAGACUGAGGAUAACUUCAUUGCUGAUCUCUCUGUUGGCUUGGCCAGUGGACAGAUAAAGACCGGUGCUCCUUGCCGAAGUGAACGAUUAGCAAAGUAUAACCAGCUUCUUCGGAUUGAAGAGGAACUUGGAAGUGUGCGAUAUGCUGGUGAAGCUUUCAGAUCACCUUAGAAUGAACAACUACUGAUCUCAAAAAAUAUUUAUUCUGGAAAUGUUUCUGCAUGAGAAUCAUUGUCAUCAUUGAUAUACCACGGAAAAUUGUCAGUUUUGAAGUUGGUGCUAGCCUUCUAGGGUUUUCAGAUCUACUCAACGAGUUAGGUUUAAGUGAUUGAUGAUAAUUUAGUGCAGUAACAUGGCUCCGUAGGGUUUUUUUUUUUUUUUUUUAUAUAUUGAAAAAACACGCUACAUGUGUAAGUUCCUCUGCAUACGACAAUAGGAUUUCAUACUUGAAAGGGGGAGAUUGUUGUUUUGUAGUUCAGUGUUUGUAAUUGUGCAUCUCUACUUUUCUUGUGAACAAGUACUAUCUGUUACGACCAAUCAUUUGUGUUACGA